UCUGUUUGUACAAGCUCCUGUACAAGAUGUAGGAAACUUUUGAUCCGUUGUUUAAUCUCAAAAGAUACUAUAAAAGUAAAAGUUGAAGAUGAGGUUGAAAUAUUCUAAAACGUUUAUAGAAGCCCAGGAAAGUAGCAUUGGUUGUGAAAGUCCGGUAGCUGAUAUUAGCUGGUCUCCGAACAAUGUGAAACUUGCAGUCGCAACUUGCGAACGAGUAGUGAUGUUGUAUGAUCGAGAUGGAGUUCGUCGUGACAAAUUCAGCACUAAACCAGCCGAUACAGCCGCUGGAAAAAAAUCUUAUAUAAUAACAAGUAUUUGUUUCAGUGAAAACUCGGAAUUACUCGGCAUAGCUCAAAGUGACAACAUGGUGUUCGUGUACCGCGUGGGAGCUGACUGGAGCGGCAAAAAAGUGAUCUGUAACAAGUUUCCAUUGACUGGCUCGCCAACCCAUCUUUUACCUGGAGAUAAUGGCUUUUAUACUGGGACUACUGAUGGAAAAAUUAGAUCUUUGGAUUGCAAGAGUAACAAAAGCACCAGUUUGUGGACAGCCGCCGCUUGCUGCGUGUCUUUGGCUCGGGGCAGUGAAGGCACCUUGGCGUCGGGACACAUCGACGGCACGUUAUAUCUGAAUGGACGACUUUUAUUGAAGUACACCUUGCCGCCCACCGCGCUCAUCCUACUUCCUCCUUACUUAAUAGUAGGCGCCUGCGACGGUCGGGUGUCAGUGUACGAGGCCCAGCGUGGAGCAUUGCUUCGAAGCGUGGAGUCGCCCUUGCCUCAGGACCGGCGCGAUCUCAUUGCUGCGGCGCCCAGUCCUUCUGGUCAGACAGUAGCGUUUGGUGUUUUCGACGGAUGUCUUGUUGGAGAAUUAAAGGAGUCCGGAAGCGUGGAGUUAUCUUUAGUUCAAAUUCCCAACUUGUACGCGGCUCGUGCGGUCGCGUGGAGCGGCGAUGGCACUAAACUCGCGAUCGCAUCUCAGACAGGAGCUGUGAUACAACUUGAAGCUGUAUUAAGGAGGUGGGUAUGGCGCGACACCGUGGAAGUUCAGCACGUGAGCCCCAAACAACUGGUACUGUCGCGGUUGGCACGGGACUCCCCGCCUUUAACUGUUACCACCAAGAUGGCGCCCGAUAUAUUCAACGUGCGAUUUAUAGGCAACGACUGGUAUGCAGUUUGUCGGACCAGUAGUACGUUGAUACUGUGUGACAUUGCGCGUGGAUUGACAAGCGAGAUUCCGUGGUCCGGUGGUGGGGAGCGCGUGUACGCGGCGGUGGGCGGAGCGUGCUUGCUGUACCGCGCGGGGGAGCUCAGCGUGCUUGAGUACGGGCUCGAUAAGGUUCUGCAUACGGUGCGCACAGAGCGUGUAAAUCCUCACGUGCUGAGCGUGCGCAUCAACGAAGGCGUGUCUUCUAUUGACCGCAACGACCGUAAGCAUCUUGCCUACCUGCUGGACAGGCAGACCGUUGCUGUUGUCGAUCUCGUCACAGGCAUCCAGCUGGGCCAGUGGUGGCAUGAAGCGAGAAUCGACUGGUUAGAGCUCAACGAAAGCAGUGAACUUUUGUUGCUGCGGGACACAAGGAGAAGACUCGCUCUUUUGAAACUGCAAAGCGGUGAUAAGGAAAUAAUUGCAAGUGGAGUGGGAUUCGUGCAAUGGAUUGAGAAUAGUGAUGCGGUCGUAGCACAGACACCGACUCAUCUUCUCAUAUGGUACAGUGCGUGGGAGCCGGGUAGCGUUGAAAUGGCGGAGUGCAGCGGCGGAGUGGCGCUGGAAGUGAGCGCGCGGAGAGUGGUGUUCGACGGCGGGCAGCUGCCGCUCGACGAGCAUCGCCUGGCGUUCAACAAUGCGCUUCGUAGUGGAGAUUUAGUUGGCUGCGCGACAUAUCUUGAUGGCGUCGGUUCACAUGCGGAUGUGGCACCGUUAUGGAGGCAGUUGGCCGAAAGAGCGCUCGCCAACGACGAUAUACAGCUUGCCGCUAAAUGCUACAGAGAAGUUGGGGACGAAGCGAGAACAUUUUAUCUCGACAAGACUGUAGAAAUAGCAACCGAUGAAGGUCACGGAGAUGUUGUAGCAGGUCUAAAAAGUCCGCUAGUUCGCGCCCGUCUAUCAAUUUUCUCCGGAGAUCUGCCUUCGGCCGAAGAGUGGUACGUGAAGAGGGCGUCUCGGCCGGACCUGGCCAUCGCAAUGUAUCGCCAGUUCAACCGCUGGGCGGAGGCCAUCGCCCUCGCCGAGAGAGUGGACAGGCCCUCAGUGGCUAGUCUGAAGCAGCAACACAUGGAUUACCUCACUUCCACUGGUCGUUUGGGUGAAGCCGGCGCGGCCCUAGCAUCCUCGGGCGACGUGCGGGGCGACGUGCGGGGCGCCGUGCGGCUGUGGCUGCGGGGGGGCCGCGCACGGCGGGCCGCCGCUCUGCUGCUGCAGCAGCCCGCCUUGCUCAGGGAGGACGACUUGCUGGACGCUGUUCAUGCUCAGCUGAUACAGGAGGAAUGGUGGGAAAUGGCUGGUGAGAUAUCGGAGAAAAGAGGAGAUACGCGCACAGCUAUAGAGUACUAUGCGAAAGGAAAUAACUUUGCACGAGCGGUGCAAUUGGCGAGAGAGGCCUGGCCAUCCGAAGUGACCCGCCUGGAGGGCGCGUGGGGCGCGUGGCUGGUGAGCGCGCGGCAGGCGGGCGCCGCGGUGCCGCACCUCAUAGAGGCGGGCGACACGCGCGCGGCGCUCACGGCGGCUCUCAAGGCGCAUCACUACAAGAAGGCGCUGCAGAUUGUGCAGGUCAUAGAAGACAAAGAAUCUAUUAAAGAGCAAUGUGAACAGUUAGGAGAUCACUUCAUUGCAACACAAGAAUGGGAGACUGCAGAAAAGGUUCUUAGUUCAUGUGGGCUUGCGGAACGUUGCGUGCGCGCAUAUAACGAGGCCGGCCGCUCCGCUGACGGGCUACGAUUGGCGGCCGCUGCUCUUACCGAGCAGGAGACUAGAGACAUCUAUCUGCCACUUGCGGAACAACUACGAAGCGACGGCCAGUUCAGGAAGGCUGAACAGAUCUAUAUCGGCCUUGGGGAACCUGAUGAGGCGAUUUCUAUGUAUAAAGAAGCAGCACAAUACGAAGCUAUGCUUCGGCUGGUGGCCGCUCAUCGCAGCUCGUUACUGGAAGCUACUCGUCGUCACGUCGCGCAGGCCCUUCAUGCUUCGGGCGAUUUACGUGCCGCUGAAAACUAUUACAUACAAGCCGGUGACUGGAAGAGCGCCAUCCAAAUGUACCGAUCAGCUGGACAGUGGGAGGGCGCGGAGAGAGUAGCGCGAGCUCAUGCGCCCAGCGCAGUACAGCAACAGGUAGCCCUGCAGUGGGCCGCUUCUCUGGGAGGCUCGGCGGCGGCUCGUUUGCUGGCCGCUCGCGGGUUGGCCGCUUUGGGCGCGAGGUGGGCGCUACAGGCACAGAGAUGGGACAUAGCGAUGGAGCUAAGUGAGCUUGGCGGCGGAAUAACCAAGCGUGAGAUAUGGCGGCACGAAGCGGCCGCGCUGGCAGAAGAACAGCCAGAAGAAGCCGAAGUGGCUUUUCUUAGAGCUUCGGCUCCAGAAGAUGCCGUUCGGAUGUGGCUGUUGAAGGGUCAGCAGGAGAGAGCGCUAGUUAUUGCCGAGCAACAUGCUACUCAUAUGGUUGAAGAAGUACUUGUGGAAGGAGCCCGAGCUGCCGCUGAGCGGGGCGACCUGCCUCAGUUCGAGGCGCUUAUGAUACGUGCUAAUAGACCCAAGGAGGUCGUCCAGCAUUACAAAGAACUUGAGCUGUGGGAGGAGGCGGGGCGGGUGUCUCGCGAAUACUUGCCGGACAGUGGGGAGCCCGUGCCGCCCGCCGUGCCGCCGCUGCUGCAACAAGCCGCCGACCAUGCUGACAGAGGCGAGUGGUGGGAAGCGGUGGAGCUGCUGAUAGCGGCGAGCGCGGCGGGCGCGCGCGGCGGCGCCGCCAAGCUGGCCGAGCGCGCGGCGCUGCGGGCGGCGCGGCUGGCGCGCGACCACCUGCCCGCGCCGCAGCGCCGCGCCGCCGCCGGCAUGCUGGCCGACAGGUUUGCCGCUAUCGGACAACAUGACAUCGGGGAACAACUCAAAGCUGCUCUCACUGAAGGGUACAGUGGUGACGAUGAAGUCCCAGGUACAAAAAGAUCAUCAUCUCAACCCGAAUACGAAGAAGAACCCCCACCGCGCCAGCUAGAAGACUCAGCUAUAUCAAGCUACCAACCAGAUUCUGAAGGUUCUGAAUCGGACGCGGCUGUGGAACGGCUGGCUCGCGCCGGACACUGGCAGCGUUGUUUGGCUCAUGCGGGAAAGAGAGCCCCGCACUAUGCGUUGCGGUAUGCCACGCAUUUAUUCAAGGCCCAUCCGCGGCUUGAAGGCAUUGAUAUUGAUAGUGAAGACGUCCCAGAGGCACUGACUCAAGUCUUGGAUACUUUGCGUCAGUAUCUGAUAAAGGGGGAGCCAGGGAUGGAUUCUGUGGUGUCCGGCAGCGACGCAGCGCUGGCUAAAGCGGUUUGCAGCGAGUUGUUACUGCGAGUUUCAUGUGCCCCCAAAGCGAUGACAGCGCUGAAGGAUGCAGCCGCUGUGAUGUUAGCAGCAGGAGCUGAUGAGAGGGCUAUGCAGGCUAUAACCCUUCUGAUGGCUCUGCAUGUCCCGCCUAUAGCACCAAAAGCCGCACGGGCUUUACCUCGCUAUACCGAUAUCAUAGUCGCAGAUGUCGCGUAUUACGUAUGCGGAAUGGCAGUACGAGCGGAGGGCAAUGUUGGGUCGCGUGAGGCGUUCGUGUUGCUGAACCGUUGUCUGGACCUAGUGGAGGCCGCCGACGACGACUCCGCUCACUUACUGGAUUAUACCGACUUGGAGUGUACUGACUGGGCACGCAGUCCACUCUUGUUGGAGCGUGGGUGCGUGCGAGACUCUGUGCUGGAGGAAGCACGCGAGUGGGUGCUCGCCGUCUCCAUGGAGCAGGCCGUUGAACAGAGCCUGCCCGUUGACGGUCGCGGGCUGUUUGCGGCGACAGUGCCAAGUGGCGAGGCGUGCUGCGUGCUCACCGGCUACCCGCUAGCUGAGCGACGUGUCACCUUCGCCAACGGUCGUUGCGCUAAUCGUGAAUGGUGGUCGCGUGCUACCAGUGCAGCGCGCAACAUGUCCGCUGCAGCUGCGUUGCUGCAACACAUCGCGCACUGGUGCGGCCCCGGCGACUACUCACAAAUAUAAAUAAAACCAUUAAAAUUCGGAAUAAAGAUAAAAGAAAUGUCAUAAUAUACUGUUGAUUGUUCAUGACGUCAUCACGUGUCUUCGUCAGAUAUCAUCUUAGUCAAAAUGAGUUUCUAUCAUCACGUGACACGGACAUGACAUGUCUCUGUCAGUCAUCACGUGUCUCUGUCAGACAUCACGUGUCUCUGUCAGACAUCACUUGUCCCUGUCAGACAUCACGUGUCUCAGUCAGACAUCACAUGACAUUUGGUACGUGUCUUCGUGAAAAUUUACUUGCCACAGUUUUCAUGUAACGUAAUCAUUACUUGAUGAAGUCAUUAUGUAACUCUGACAUCAGGUAUCUCUGUCAGUCAUCACGUGACUUAGUCAUUACGAGACUGUCAGACUCACGUGGAUUUAGGUUAUGUUUGGUAAAUUCUGAAAGUUGUUUUUAUUCGUCAAGCAAUUUUUCCUAUAUUUUUUAUUUCUGUUUCUUCAAGUACUCGUCAAAUCUAUAGGUGCUUACAUCAUUCCGAAUUAUAUGAUCAAAACAUUGUAGUGGUAUAGAUGGGUUUAAGUGGCGUUUAAAUAGUUUACUUUUAGGAUUUUUCGUUUGAGUAAUUAUACACCACUCGCACACAUAAGAGGUAAUUUGAUAUC